CAAAUGCGGCAUCGCGAUCGUGCACGCACGUUUCGUUUUAGUUGAGACUGGAGCGCGGCAAGAGUAACGACCACCAGCUCUCUUCACAAUUUCCCGUUUCUGUUACUCAAAGGCUUGCCAUUGUUCUGAAUUUGUGUUCACUGUUCAACAGCUGUAAUCUCUGAACACCGGUUACUCUUUACUUCACGAAAAUGGCUUUCUGGGGUCUUGUGCUUGAACCUAAGAAGAGUUACACUCAGAGGGAAGUUGAACAGCCAUUCCAUGUUUCCAUGGCUGCCCUUGAUUUGCAAAAUUGUGAUGCCAAUGAGUCAGUUUCUGUUGUGUGCCGCAAACGUGAUUCAGACUUCAUUUUGUGCAGUCUCUCCAAGAAACACAAUGUUUUCAACGUGCCUCUUAACCUAGACUUCGAACUUGGAGGUGAAAUUAACUUCCAUGUUCUGGGCAACAGUGUGGUCCAUUUGACAGGAUACAUGAUUGAGGACAUGGAAUCUUUUGAAGAAAGUGAUGACUCAAUGGGUGAAGAGGAAGAGGAGGAAUCUGUAGCAUCAUCGAAAGAUAUUUUCAAGAACACGAAGAAAUUGUUGGGAGACUUUGCUGGUAAACGGAAACAAGAUGCUGCUGCUCAAAACAAAUCAAAGAAAGCCAAGCUUGAUAGUAGUGCUGCUACUGAAGAUGACGAUGAAGAUGAGGAAGAUUCGGACUUUGACGUUGACACUGAUGGCGAUGAUGAAGAUUUGGAGGAGGAAGAAGAGGAAGAUGAUGACGACGAUGAUGAUGAAGCAGAGGAAGAUGAUGGCGCUGCUGAAAUUCUUCAGAAGUUGGAGGCUGCCAAGAAGGACAAAUCCAAGCAAGCUGGAAAGCAGAACAACCAGCAAGUCAAGUCCUCCCCCAAAGCUGAACAGAAGCAAGGCAAGAAGGAGAAGAAAGAACAAGCCAAACCUGCAGCUGCACCUGCACCCACCAAAGCUGUUAAUGGCAAUCCUGCUCAAGCAAAUGGAGCUCCCAACAAGCAGACUCUUCAAGGGGGUGUUCAGGUUGAAGACCUGAGAGUCGGAAACGGACCUGUUGCCAAGAGCGGCAAGAUGGUUUCUGUGUACUAUGUGGGUCGCUUGAAGCAGAACAACAAACAGUUUGAUGCAUCCCAGUCAGGACCUGGCUUCAAAUUCCGCCUGGGCAAAGGAGAGGUGAUUCCUGGUUGGGAUAUUGGUGUAUCUGGAAUGAAGGUUGGAGGAAAGCGGCGGCUCACCAUCCCUGCUAAGAUGGGUUACGGUUCCAAAGGCGCUGGUAGAGAAAUCCCUCCCAACAGCACUUUAGUAUUUGAGGUAGAAUUGAAGAAUGUCAAGUAAGCUCGUGCUUCCCUUAUGUUAAAGUUGCCUAUGUCUCCUGAUUUCUUGACUGUAAAUUACUGAAGUUUUACAUGAUGACAAUUAUGUUUACUGGUAUUGAUGUUUGCCUCAGGCCUUUUCUCAUUUACUGCAUUCAUGUGAAUACAAGCUGCUGUCUUGUUGUGAAACUGAUUUCUCAUAUUAAUGAAUUGUUCUUAUUUGUUUUUUGUCUCAAAUCGGGGAGUACACCUUGACUAGCAGGGCUCCCCAUUUUGAAGCAAAUUAAUUCAAUCAAGGCUAUCCCAUUAAUAAUAGACCCUGGUUUUACAAUUGAUGAAGGGUGGCUUUCGUUCACAAUGACAUGGCAUAGUGCUACCUGGUUAAGACUGGUUUAUAUGUAAAUUGUUUAGUUAUAAGUUUCUAGUGUCUUUUAUGUCGUAUUUGCCCUGCACUUAAGUUUUUUGUACAUAUAUACUGUGCUUUUAAGAGACCAAUUGAAAUUCUUUGACUGCCAAAUUUGUUCUAAUAUAAGAUGAUUAAUUUCUAUGCACUCAGCCUCUCCUGUUGGUAUGGCAACCUUAUUAUACAGUUCAAUCAAAGUGGGUGGUGUUUCCGUGAUCAUCCGGGCUCCCCUCUCUGAUGAAACGUCAUGUUGGAUGAGAUCUCUGUACUUAUAGCAUUGGCUUGGUUGCAUAGAGUAGAUAUUGAAAAACUUCUAAUAUUUGGACAAGUUUGGUUUUCUUUUUGAGAAUUGUUAGUUUUAGUACUGUUGUAUUUUUGGGAAGUGGAGAAGGUAUUCAAAUUUUGUCUAUGAUUUAUUGUUAUCUGUAAGUGCCAUUUUACUUUAAGGUAACAGUUCCACAACUCACGUUUGGCUUUGUAAUGUUAUGGGAGCUAUGUUUUCCUGUUUGUGAUUUUCCCCGUUAUCUAAAAUAAAAUUUUGUAAUUCAACAAA